AGCUUAUGCCUGUGCCGUGGAUUGUGGCGGUCAGAAGAAAUAAGUGAUGUAUAACACAUUAUGCACGAGACUGGUAGAACGCGAGAAGCACUAUAACCACUUGUGCUCUGUGCUUCGUUAAAAAGGCGGGUGGAAAACAGCUUUUAUUAACCAGACCUUCAGUGUGUUUUCAUUUCUGUCAGCGGUUUUUAGAAUUUCCACUGUAUUCAAGUCUCAUCUGGAAACUCAUUUAAUUCUCGGUUUUCAACAUGACUUUUAAAUGUGCGUUUUUGAUGCACCUGUUCCUGUUUUGGGUUGGUUCAGAAACUGGCGCAUCUAACGCUGUUUGGAGAAGUGGGCGCGACAGCGACCUACUGGACGUCCCGACGGACUCACUCACUGCCACAGACGCGCUCACGCAACACAUGUUUAAACUGUACGAGAAGUACAACGUUGAACUUAAUCGACCCAAAGACGGAAAUACUGUAAGAGGCUUUAAAGCAAACCCUGAGAAUGUGGAGCACAGGAUUUUGUACCAGCUGAAUCUGACGUCCCUUCAGGAGUCUGAGGUGAUCCUCACCUCCACGUUUCAUUUCUUCUUUGACAAACGGCCACACCAGAGAUCCUGGUUCUGCAAGCGCUUCAAGAACCCCUCUUGUCGCAUCCAGAACUUCCACCAGCUUCCGUCUUUUUGUCUUCUUUUCCGGUCUCCCUCCACAGGAUCACUUCUUGGAAACAUCACUGUCGUUUCUCAUAGACGUGGCACCUGGCAGACCAAGGAUGUGUCUGUCAUUAUAAAGGAGGCCCGAGAUAAGAAUCACCUUUUGAUCACAGUGGAGUUUGACUAUGGCGAGAAGUAUCAAAGUUAUCAGGACCAGCUCUCACCACUUAGCCUUCCGUACUUGCUGAUGUAUGCUUAUGACAUGGCCAUAUCAGAGCCCAACAGCGUGGCUAUGAGCCUACAGAGAUAUGACCCUUUCCUUGCAGACCAGCACCCAACUCGAUCUCCAGAACAUUCACCUGACACACGCGUGAAGCGGGAACUGGACUUGAACUUCCCUGAUCCCAAUGAGAACAAUGAGCUCCCGGAGGUUGAGUACAACAGCUUCAAACAACACGAUAUGUGGGAAAGCGCUUAUUUUGCGCUCAAGCCAAAGCCCUUCAAAAAAGAGCGUCGGAGGAAAGGCCAGGAGCACAUUGAUGUAUUCAGCAAAUCUCAGGUUCUCAGGUUUGAUGAAAAAACCAUGAAGAAGGCUCGGAGGAGACAGUGGAAAGAGCCUCGCAGCUGUUCCAGGAGAUAUCUGAAGGUGGACUUUGCAGAUAUCGGGUGGAACGAAUGGAUCUUGUCCCCCAAGUCUUUUGAUGCCUACUACUGCGCAGGAACAUGUGAAUUCCCCAUACCAAAGGUGGUCCGUCCCUCCAACCAUGCAACCAUACAGAGCAUAGUCAAGGCAGUUGGUAUAAUUCCAGGGAUCCCAGAGCCCUGCUGUGUCCCCGAGAAGAUGAAACCUCUUAGUGUACUAUUUUUGGAUGAGAGCAAAAACAUUGUAUUGAAAAUCUACCCAAACAUGUCUGUGGAGACAUGUGCUUGUAGAUAGACUGGUUGAACAGGGAAAAAGAGACUAAUUGACAUCAUUGUGAUUUUGACACCAGAAUUUACCAUGAAGAGGAAUAUUUUCUGUAGUUUGCACUUGAGGCUAAAUGUUUUAAGGACUGCAUCUCGUGUUUUUAGACUGCUUAAAUAUGCAGAGGGAUCUGUUUUAAACCUUUUUCAUUGUAUUAAAUGAGUAACAGGAGCACUUACGCUUACUUGGUAAUAAAAUGUCAGCUUUGCUGUCAUUCACAUGCAUAAAUAGCUGUUUGAAUCUCAUCAUUGUAGAUUAAUGGAUGUACAACAGGUUUUAUAGCAUACUGAAGAUAACUGAAACCUAUAACUUUGGCCAAACUAUUCAAUUACAAUGUAAAGUAAUUUAGAACAAAGAAUUGUAACUAUUCUUAUGAAUGUUGGGUGUAGUCACAGUUUAAGGUGGCCCUACAAUGUCUUGGUGUGUAUUUUUUAAAAUCCAAGUACAAUCGAUGUGUAGCUUGAUAUUUGGGUCUAAACAAUGUCCAUAACAAAAAAAGAUGCAGUGCAAAUGAAAAAUGUAAACUUGUUUAUCUUUUUCAUCAGGCAUUUGCAAAAUCUAUUAUCAUGACUGCAAAGCAGUCUGGUAGUUCAAUAAAAAAAAAUAUCCAAGCUUAGUUUUGAAACAAAACUAACUUUGAACAAAAAAUAAGAAGCAAAAUAUGUCUGUACAUUCCCAAAUGGAGGAUCAGCUAAUAGUCGCGGUUGGUUAGUGCGUUUGUUACAUACUUUAACAGACAUUUCACAUGGUUUCUUUGAUCUCUCAGUGAGUGACAGUGAAUAGACUAUCUCUUUUUUGUAUUCUGACACAUUUCAACAUGACCAUGUUGGAUUGGUGCCAUAAGCAAGGAGCAGUUGGGCCAAGUGUGUCAGUUUGUAUUAAACUGGUUGACUAUAUUAUAUUUUAGAGAAUGUAUUUUUGUAAAUGUGUUUUUAAAUUAUGAAAACUUGCCUUGUAAGUAGAAUAAAAUAUAUAAUACACCA